GCAGUACCGUCACUGGCAACUCUCCCAAUGCGGGAGAAGAGGGAGAUUUCGAGAGCGAGCAGCAAACCAACGCGGUCGCGCAGAUGGCUCGGCGCCUGAUCCCUCCGAGAAACUACACCACUCCUCGCUUCCCGUCGCUCAACGUCAAUACCCUCUUCGAUUCCACGCCCGACAAGCGAUAUACGCUCUACCAUAUUGGCGAUGUUUGGCGCUUCACGGUCAUAUGGACGCUCAUCACAUUUGCGGUGUUCCACCUCGGCGCCGUGUUCAUCGCCCUGUUCACGCACGGGUGGAAGAAGUCGUCGUGGAAAUAUCUCUGGUUGACGCCGAUCAUCUACAUGGGCGUCGCCGCGCUUGAGGCCUUGCUCUCUGGAACCAUCGUUGGAGUCAUGCUUGGCGCCGUUUACCAGGCCGGAUACUACGAGAUGAACACUUGGAUCCCCUGCACAUGGGGGUUUAUCAAUGUUCUUACGCUGAUUAUCUCUUCCUUUUCGAUUCAAGGAGGGCUAUGAUGCGCCACUUCAGAAUUGCAGCUGUAUGCCUUGGUAUGCCUCAAAACAUACGUCGAGGAUCUACGCCAUAUCCAGUACGCAGCUUUGGGAUACAAUGACGGCUAUGUGGCUAAACACAGCGACCCCGGGAUCAUUGCUGGUAUUGCUGCUACUUUGGCUGAGAUCCAACAAGCUAGCUGCGAUAUGACCAAGAAAUACAGAGUGUCAUCAGAGGUAAGGGGUCAUACACAUCGCGCUGACUAUAACCUCUAUUACGAAUAGCGCGCAUUGGUCAGCAAACAACAAAGCUGAGACUGGGCGCCACCGGCAUAUUCAGCUCCGCGAGGAGCAGAUGGCUUUUUCUACUGCUGCGCAGACCGGAUACUGAACGAACUGGUCACAUGGGCUUCAGAUGAAGAUGAAGAUUCACCAAGGGUUACGGCAAAACGAGACUGUGCACCUCCGUGUCGCUUGAAGGCCUCGGUGAGCGACACUAUUGAAAUCUAGAUGUUCAAUUUUUUUGUUUUAGCCCAAAUGAGAAAUAAAUAAAUUCUAGACUCUCAAA